AAUUUCCAUGUGCACAUGCUGAAAACUUCCCCAAAAUUAUUUCUCUCGUUGUUAUUUCCGUGCUUCGCCCUUUCUUUCUCUUAUCGCUGUGUUGCAUGUCGGAUUAAUAUGUGUUAGUCUUUCGAAGUUUUGAAACGUGUUAAUUCUCUUAAUAAAAUAACACCAUUAGUGUUCUUUCAUCACCAUCACGUUGCUCUAGCACCUUGUCGUUGUUCAUGCGUUGUUCCCAUUGAGUGCGAAUUUUCUAGUCCGAUGAAAACGCAGACGUAGAGGUCAUUUGCAUUCAUUUGCUCCGAUCAGUUUUUCGAUGGUGAUAAUGGUCAUUAGUAGCCCUCUGGAGUGAAAGAGUUACGAAUUACUCACCACGAGUUACGGAAAAUUACUCGUUACGAAACUUUCCAAAGUUCAGUGUCUUUGUCGUCUGAAUCGCCGGUUUAGGAAACAGUUGGCAAUAUAAUCGCAUCGAACCUGAUUCAUCGCCAUGUUUACUUUUGUUUAUCUAACUCUCCCGAAAUGUUAAAAAUAUACCUAAAUUUCCAUUAAUUUUUUGUGGAGUGGAAUAAUAUAACUUAUUCAAACUGGAUAGGCUACCAGAAUAUCUCCGCGAUACCGUGGAUUGGUUUAUGGGGAAAGCCCGACGGAAAGACAGAGAGUCGCUUGGGUCAGAGGAUCCGAAACUGUACUUAGAACAAGCUGUGUUAGAUAGAAGAGUUCCUGAUAUUGAUCUUAAGGUCUUAGUCGAAGCACCUCCUGGUAUUUGUCAUAAUGAAUGGCUAGCGUCUCACACUAUUGCAUUUUUCGACCACAUAAACUUAAUUUAUGGAACUAUAUCAGAAUUUUGUACAGCGCUAGAUUGUCCUGAAAUGACUGGACCUGGUGUCAGGACAUACCUUUGGUUUGACGAAAAAGGGAAGAAGACAAAAGUAGCAGCACCUCAGUACAUAGAUUAUGUUAUGACAUUUACCCAAAAAACUAUCAGUGAUGAAAGUAUUUUUCCUACAAAAUACGCCAAUGAUUUUCCUAGCUCGUUUGAAUCAAUCGUCCGAAAGAUUCUCCGCCUUUUAUUUCAUGUGUUAGCCCAUAUCUAUCAUAGUCAUUUUCGCGAAGUAGUUCUUUUAAACAUGCAUCCUGAUCUAAAUUGUAUCUUUGCGCACUUUAUAUUAUUUAAUGCUCGUUACCAAUUAAUUGAGGUGCGAGAAACAGAGACCUUGCAAGAUCUUGUUGUAGCUUUAAAAAUUCUAGAUAAUUGUGAGAGCGAUCAGACGGAAUCGAUGGAAAUAGGAAGCACAGUGUCAACAUCCAAUGUAACGCAGGCCUCAAUAGAUGAGCCUCAUAGGCAAUCGCAAACAAUGUUAGAGGUCUCUGCAACAGCAACGUCAAAUAUUAUGUUCCCUGAUUCGAGUUUAUCACUGAGUGCAUUUUCCUCCUCUAAUAAUCAAGAUGUCCUAUCAACACAGAUCGGAGUUGGGCAUUAGUUUUUCAAUGACUCUUACUAUUCCUUAUCAUUAGUUUGUUUUUUUCCUUUUUUCCUCCCCUUAAACAAGAAUUAUGAAAUGAUCAGUUUGAAUCAUCAUUUUUUAUUUUUUCUUGAUGAUUUCCUGCACUUAUCUUUAUCCUAGUCUAUUAUAUUGUUGAUGAUCAGUGACAUUAUUGAAGAAAAAACAAAAAAGUAUAUUUUUGGAUUUCCACUAAGCUCUCAAGUUUUGAAGAGGUCAGUUCGAAAAGUUAAAACCUAUCCUUUCCUGUUUUUCUGUAUUUUUUUAUUUUACCGAUAAAAUAAUUAAAAUCAGGAAAGGGUGUGAUUUCAUUAUUUUUUUAUUGCCAAUAUUUUCUGUAAGUUACUUUAAAUUUGCAAAGAAGCAUUCAUUCAACAAACAUUCUCACAAAGCUCACUAACUGUGCAUAGUAUUUUAGUCGCGCAGGUUUACUAAAAAUGAAUUUUGAUAAUAAUUUCUUCGGUGAAAAUAAUUUUUUAAUGAUUGAUGAGGACUGAGCGUUUGGCAGAAAAACAGCACUUAUCACAGUUCUGAAACAAAGAAAAAUUCAAGUUUUGGCCUUAACAGAAACACAUAUAUUUGGUAACUUUUAAAACAUAGAUUAAGAAGACGAAUUUAAACUGGAAUACACUUAAUUGAAUCUUUCUCUCUCUUGCAAAAAUAUGCAAUAUACUCUUGCAAUCCAGAAACUGCAACAAAAAAAAUAGGCUCUCAACAAAUUAAUGUCUUUUCAGCAGUAGGGAUCUGUCUACCAUCGGUUUUUUUUAAAGACCUUUUCUAUCAGAGAUGGAUUUCAUUUAAAGUUUCUUGCAUGAGGGCUGAGAGUACAGAAAAUUUUGUUCCAAAACCCUGUUUUAAAUGAAAGAACAAGCUUUAAAAAGCCAAGAGGCUGUUAGAAUUUAAGCAAUGAUGCAGUGGAUGUAAAUGUUGAACAUUCUUUUUAUUUGAUUAAACAAAGUACCGGUGGACGGAGGCGUCACAUUCUAGGAUACGGAAUCGACUAACUGAGUAAGACGUGUCAAAGUGGCUAGUCUACAGAACUGCAAUCUUGCACAUUCUCAAUCAACUGCGUCGUUGCUCGACGGCUGAAAUUAAUAUUCCAACAGAGGCAACCUAUAGUCAAUAGAGUAUUUUUUCUGAAACCUCUGACAAAAAGAUCGCUUCACUAAACAGUGUGAG